AUGGGAGAAGUGGGGAAACAAGAGGGGGAGGGGGAAAGGGGGGGGGAGUGGGGGGUGAGGGGAAAGGAGGGUACGGGAAAAGGGAACAAGGAGGAGGGAAUGGGGGAACUGGGUGAAUGGAAGAAUGGGGAAACCAGGGAAGGGGAGAAAGAGGGAACGGAAACGGAGUUCCCAGGUGAAAGCGAGGUGUGGUGUGGACCAGACCAAACCAUCGGUGGUGGGUGGGUGGGCGGUGGCCACUAUCCCUCUCCUGCUACCCUUUUUUACCGUUCUCUACCCCUCUUCCCUUUUUGCCCUCGUCCCUCGGCCACCCCAGGUGUUCUCCUGGCACAGGUGCAGUCUGGAGAUCCGCAGGCGGGUGUAUUGGUAUAUCCCCUUCCCCUUCUUGUUCCAACCUUCCCCCCUCUUCCACUCGCCUCCCCUUUUCUCACCCCUCCCCCAGGUGUUCACCUGGCACGGGUGCGGUCUGGAGAUGCGCGGGCGGGUGUAUUGGCAAUUUGGCAUAUCCCCUUCCCCCUCUUCCACUCGCCUCCCCAAACCAAAACCCCCCCCCCGUCUCCCACCAGGUACUCACCCUCCCCCUCUACCAAUUUGGCACGGGUGCGGUCUGGAGGUGUUCACCUGGCACGGGUGCAGUCGGUAGAUGCGCGUGCGGGUGUACUCCCUUCCCCCGCUUGUUCCGACCCUUUUUCCCUCCUCCACUCGCCUCGCCUCCCCCCAUGCUCCCCACCCCCAGGUGUUCACCUGGCACGGGUGCAGUCUGGAGAUGCCAUGUAUGCUGCUGACGAGGUAUGGAAGGAGGACUGUGAGUGUGAGCGACUGUCUUUGGUGCUGCUCUGUGUGCGUAGUGUCUUUGGGUCGCCAACACUGCCAGAUGCCAUGUAUGCUGCAGACGAGACCCCCAUGGUGAGCUAUCUGAAUCUUCACGCGGUGCUGAACGUGCGGCGAGUGGAGGCAGCUAGGAGCCUCAUGCGUGCGAAGCAGCAACUGGCACAGCUGCAGCAGCAGCAACAGCAGCUGCAGUAUCAACAUCAGCAACGGCAGCAGCAGCAUCCGCAUCAUCAGCAGCAGUAUCAGCACCAGCUGCAGCGGUUGCAGCGGCACAAGCAGCAACUGGAGAACAAAAUUAACUCCCUCGUUCUCACCAAGGUGCCAAGGGUGCUGCUAGUCGGUCCAACAGACUCGGGCAAAUCCACGCUAGGCAGAAUGCUUCUAUGCUGGGCGGCCAGGCAGCAGUGGCAUCCCACGUACGUGGACCUAGACGUGGCUCACAGCAGUGUGACCGUGCCGGGGGCAGUAGCCGCCACGCCUGUGGAGGCACCCCUAGAAGCCAACGCCAGGACUGUGGAGGAGGCGCCUCUGGUGCUGUUCUAUGGGCAUACCAACCCCAGUGCCAACCUUGACCUAUAUCGAGCACUGGUGACGGCACUGGCAGACGCAACAGACAGGCGACUGGGCAUCACACCCUUGGGAGACGGAGGAGGAGGGGAGGAGGGGGGAGGGGAUGGUGGAACAGCAGGAGCAGGAGCAGGGAGGGAGGCAGCAGGAGAGGCGGCAGCGAUAGGGGCGGCAGCAAUAGGGGCGGUUCCAGUGGAGGCAGCAGCAGCAGGGAUCAUAGCGAACAGCAUGGGAUGGGUGGACGGGGCUGGUUACCAGCUGCUGCUACACUCCAUUGAUGCCUUGCGGGCCAACGUGGUGCUUGUACUGGGGCAGGAGCGACUCUACAGCAUGCUUUCGGAGCACUACCGAAGCAAAGCGGCGGCAGCUGCUGCGGAUGGUAUCCCUGCCGGCCAUGCAGCGGCGGUGGAGGUGGUGAAGCUUGUGCGGUCCGGAGGUGCCGUGUCCCGUGCUUCCAAGUUCAGGCAGCGGUUGAGACAAGCAGUCAUAAAGGCAUACUUUUACGGGCCCGAGCGGCAGUUCUCGCCUCAUUCAAGCACAUCCAGCUGGUCGGAGUACACGGUGCUGAGAGUAGGGGGAGGGCCACAGGCACCGCAGUCAGCACUUCCCAUCGGAGCAGCGAGGGUUUCAGACCCGCUUCGUACUGCACCAGUGGUUCUUUCACGGGAGCUGGAGCAUCAUGUGCUGGCGGUUUCGCAUGCCAAGGAGGAGAAGGACGCUGUUACUGGGUGA